AUGCAAGCAAUGCAGACUCAAUUAUCAAACUUAACGUCAAAUAACAGUAGUAUUAAGCUUCCCACUAUAAACUUGUCGAAAUUUGAUGGCAAAUACGAGGAGUGGUUAAGUUUUGAAGACACAUUCAAUGCCUUAGUUCACAGUAACGUAAAAAUUCAGACAGCUUUAGAGCAGCCAGUGAUUGGCUGGGAUGCAUUACUCUUACAUUUGAUAGGUUCAAAGGUAGACAAGAAAACACAGAUGGAAUGGGAGAAAUCUCUAGAUGGCUCAGAGAUGCCCACAUUAGAACAAUACUUAAAAUUCUUGCGUAAUAGAUGUCAUGUUUUAGAAGCGAUACCCAAGGAUGCUGCGAAUGCAGCGAAUCAAAAGCAAUUAAAUGCGAAUAAGCUAACAUCAAGCAGACGUUACUUGAAACACAGAGUAAGGUUAAGUGUCAUAGCAAAUCACAAGGUUUCCGCAUGUAAAGCAAGUAGUUGCAGGAAGUGUGAUCGUAGGCAUCAUACUUUAUUACACCCGCUUAAUUCAAAGGAUACUCAUACAGCAAGCGGAGAAAAUGCUUAUCAGGAAGAGCAAAACAAGACUCAAGAUUCUAAACCAGUUAGUCAGAUUUUAAGCUCACAAUUGAGUGACACUUCACACAUUUUAUUAUCUACAGCCGUAGUAGAUAUCGCUGAUGUUACAGGAAAAUUCCACUCAUGUAGAGUAGUUUUAGAUUCGGGAUCUCAAUCGAAUUUUAUUGCGGAACAAUGUUGUGAUAAGUUGAAAUUAUUCAAAACCAAUGUAAAUGUUCCCGUCAAGGGAAUUGGAGAAACACUUUCACAAAUUAAGUUGUCGACAAAUGUUAUCGUCAAAUCCAGAAUUGAUGCAUUCACACUUAAGCUGAAUUGUUUAGUUAUUCGUAAGUUAACAGAUUUUUUACCGUCAAGGACAAUUGAUCGUGAAUCACUUGGCAUUCCUAAAAAUGUAAGGUUAGCACAUCCUGGAUUUGAUCGACCGUCGCAUAUUGAUAUGCUUAUUGGCGCUAAAUACUUCUAUCAGUUACUAUGUAUAGGACAGAUUAAAUUAAAUUCUUGUUCAACUAUGUUACAAAAAACAAAGUUCGGUUGGAUAGUUUCUGGCAAGAUUAAAUCUCUUGAACCUCUAACAACUAGUUUAUGCCAUAUCUCUCGAGGUACACUGGACGAUGCUGUGCAAAGAUUCUGGGAAAUAGAAGAGCUACCAGCUAAACGGAUAUUAUCACCGGAAGAUGAGAAAUGUGAACAACAUUAUAAGGAAACUUUCAAGAGAUUAUCUUCUGGACGUUUUUCAGUAAGAUUACCUUUCAAUAAUCAAAGGAAGAAAUUAGGCGAGUCAUAUGAGAUAGCGUUAAGACGAUUGCUAAGUUUAGAAAGAAGAUUAAACGCAAGGCCUGAAUUAUACGAGGAUUACCGAAGUUUCCUUCGGGAAUAUGAAGCUCUUGGACACAUGACUGAGGUCAAGGAAGUAAACAAGAAAGAAGGAUAUUUUCUUCCUCAUCAUUCUGUUAUAAAGGAAUCCAGUACUACAACCAGACUCAGAGUAGUUUUUAACGCGUCAGCUAAAACCACUAGUGGCGUCUCAUUGAAUGACAUAUUAUUUAGUGGUCCAACAGUUCAACAGGACCUUCUGUCUAUUGUGCUAAGAUUUCGUUUGCACUAUAUAGUUUUUACAGCAGACAUUCAGAAGAUGUACAGACAAGUACUCAUACAUCCAGAAGAUCGUUUACAUCAGAGGAUCUUGUGGAGAAAUAAUUCUCAAGAAAUCAUUCGAAAUUCAAUCAUAGCUCUACAUUGGAUUCACACACCUCCAUAUCGUUUGAAAACCUUUGUGGCUAAUCGUGUAGCUGCUAUCCAAGAGAUAACAGCAUCAUUUAAUUGGAGGCAUGUAGCAUCACACGAUAAUCCAGCUGAUCUAUUGUCGAGAGGUGCUUUUCCAUCGCAGCUUAUUAAUCAUACAAUGUGGAUUCAUGGACCUUCAUCCAUGAAUCAAACCAAUUGA